ACAACAUGAAAUUGGUCUGGAUAUUGAUGUCCUUGCAGCUAAUGCUCUUGGCCACAGCCCUGAGUGCUCGGAGAUGUGUCACACCCACCGCCGCACCCGAGCCCACAGAGGAUCCAGAUGACCCUACUGACGAUCCCUGGGAUCCAACGGAUGACACAACUGAGGAUCCCUGGGAUCCAACUGAUGAGCCAUCGAAUUCCACACAGACGCCAUUGGAUCCUACCGGCGAAACUACCGAAGAGUCCUCGGUGCCAACGGGAGAGCCAACAGUUCCCACUGAGAAUCCAACGGAAGACCCUACAGGAGGGACCUCAAAUCCUACUGAGGAAACCACUGAAGGGCCUUUGGAUCCCACCAGUGAAGCUCCCUUAGACCCGACAACCGAAACAGAAACCACAGAGAAACCAACAGAUGAUCCCUCGAAUCCAACAACUUUCAACACUCCGGGUACAACUUAUCCGACGCCCAGCGUGGAUGCGAACGCCUCUUGUCGGACGCACAAGGGGGUCCAGUUCCUGCCACAUCCAUACGAUUGCCACCUCUACAUCCAUUGCGAUGGGGAUAUAGGAUUUGUCAUGGACUGUCCCAGCGAUCUUUACUGGAAUUCGGUAACCCAGACCUGCGACACGACCUGCGCCUAGCGAAAUAAAGUACUUAGAAUAGCAUGCUCUCAACAA